UUUUACUGGAGCAGCCGUGGAGUGUGCACGACCUGCAUACGUUUGGGUAGAGCUAUUGCCGCCGGAGGAAGUAUUUUAUUUACUUUCUCACCAAAGGACUUUGCAUACAGAUUUUUCGUAUUGAUCCGAACAUCUUGAUGUUGGCUAAAUUCUAAAUAGCGCACCAAGAAACGCCAGACAUACACACACAACGCUGGACUCAGGACUCCCUGCUGAGGUGGUGUGUCAUCCUACAGCGAAGCGCCUCCGCAAGGGAGAAUGGGCUGGGUCGCCUAGGCGUCUUUUAUGGGCGCAUUUCAUUGGCAUUAUGAGAAAUCCCUGAAGGCGAUAGUAGAGACAAGCGACACCCGAGUAUACCGAGCCCCGCAUCUCAGAGCAGGAUACGGGAGAUAGGUGAGGGCAUCCCAUAGGCAGUAGGUGGAGGGGAUCUUACUCUCAAGCCAGCCCAGAAGCUUGGAUCCUCGGGGUGUACCAGAGCUGCCCGACGCCGGAUACCGAGUUGGCCGCAGACCCCUCAUUUCCCCUCCAAUAGACCGAAGUUUUGCGCCUCCAAACGGAUUAUAGAAACGGUUUCUGCGGAGAGAGAGAAACGGGAGACAAUGGGCAUCCACACGCUCCUUAUUGCAUGUGCGCUGCUUGGCGUGACCGUGGCCCAAAGGGUGGUGACGGUUCAGAGCGGACCACUUGUACGGACAGAGGGCAGUCACGUGACCAUCUGGUGCAACGUGACUGGUUACAAGGAGGGCGUGGAGCAGGACUUUGAGUGGUCCAUGUACCUGACCUCGGUGCCCGACCGCGAGAUCCGCAUCGUGAGCACGGCCCAGUCCAACUAUGCGUACGCAGUGUACGCCCAGAGGGUCAACAGUAAGGAGAUCUGGGUAGAGAGGCUGACCAGGGACUCAGCCCUGCUCCACAUCACCAAGGUCCAGGCCAGAGACCAGGGGCUGUUUGAGUGUUACACCCCCAACACAGACGGACAGUACCUCGGCUCCUACAGCGCCCGUACCAACCUCACCGUCAUCCCCGACUCCCUCGCUGUCACUGCGCCGCCACAGACCCUCUCCCAGGUGGAGGGUGACACGCUCCAGCUCACCUGUGAAGUUUCCCGGUCGACAGAGCAGCACACACACCUGUCUGUGGGUUGGUACCUGCGUUCCCCUGAGGACGCUACCAUGUCGCCCCAGGAGAUCCUCACUCUGUCCCGAGACUUUGUCCUCCGGGCCGGUGCGCCCUACAAACAGAGGAUGACUGCAGGAGACCUGAGACUGGAUAAGACCAGCCCUACGUCCUACAGGCUGACCAUCCACCGGCUGCAGCCUGCUGACCAGGGCCUGCUCUACUGCCAGGCUGCAGAGUGGAUCCAGGACCCCGACCGCAGCUGGUUCACCAUGACCCGCAAGCAGGCUGAUAAGACCCAGCUACGGAUACAGCCCAUUGAUCGGGACUUCUCUAUCCAGGUGAGCACGGAGCGGCGGUCCUUCACAGCGGGCGAGCCGCUGGAGCUGCGCUGCACCAUCGAUGCCCAGAGCGUGCCCGAGCGCUUCUUCUCGGUGUCGUGGGUGUUCAGCAGCUCGCCGGUGGCCGUGAUAGGGCCCAGCGCUGUGCCCGUCCUGGGACUCGACUACGUGGCGCGUGAGGCCGCUGGUCGCAUGACUGUGCGCAAGGAGAGCCCUACUGUGCACUUGCUUAAGCUGCAGCACCUCCGACCACAGGAUGCUGGGAAAUACAUCUGCAGGGUCACGGAGAGGGAGAAGACACCCACCGGGGACUUUAUAGACCGGAGCAAGAGGUCACGCAACGUCCAGAUCACCGUCCAGCCCAUCAAGAGUAACGUCACAGUGUCUUUGUCCAGUAACUCGUCGGAGGUCCAGGAGGGGGACGUGGUCCAGCUGACCUGCUCCAUCCACUCCACCACGGGUCCUCUCUCUGUGGCCUGGCAGUGGAGUGAGAAUCAGGGCUCCACCCCUCCCCAGAACCUGGCCUCUGUAGACCGCGACGGGACUGUCCGACCAGGCCCUGGGUACCGUGAGCGCUCCAGCUACGGGGAGAUCCGUGUAGAGAGGGUACAGGAGGACAUUUAUACCUUGUCCCUCUACAACGCCCUGCCUGGGGACGAAGGGCUGUUCCGGUGCACGGCCACAGAGUGGGUGGAGGCCGGGACAGAGUCCGAGCAGAGUUGGGAGAAGAUAGGGGAGAAGUCAGCUACUAAGGCCAUCACUGUUAAGACCGUGGAAUCAUCCUUUGUGGUCUCGGCGUCGUCGCGGACGCCCAGCGUGACAUUUGGCGACUCGUUUGACCUCCAGUGCCUGGUGAAGCCCCGUCAUAACCCUCGUGUGCCUGCCUCUGUCACCUGGCGCUUCAUGCCCGCCAGUUCGGGCUCUUCUGGGGAGGUUGGUACAGCAGGCAUGUUCCGAGACCUGGUGACGUUUACCCGCGAGGGCACGCUGCAGUGGGGCGAGCAGCUGCUGGGCCUGGGCACCCGCACCACGGUGGACCGUUCCCAUUCCAACACCAACUUCAGAUUGUCUGUGACGCGCGCUGGGCGCAAGGAGGCGGGGACGUAUCAGUGCUCUGCCCUCCUGUGGAGGAGGAACUACGACAACACCUGGAGCAAAGUGGCCAACAGGACGUCCAACCUGCUGGGGAUCAGCGUGUUACAGCCAGUGUCUAAGUUGCGUGUGCAGAAGACCAACCAGUCCCUGGUCUACCUGGAGGACAGCCGUGUGCGCGUCAACUGCUCCGUGGCCUCUCAGACCAGCACCGACUCACAGCAUGCCAUGCUUUGGUACGUGCGCCGCGCGACGGGUGCCGAGGCCGACGAGCUCCUGCUGAGGAUUGAGCGCUCAGGUGCAUUUGAGUAUGGCGCGUACGCAGACGAGGAGAGGUUGAGGCGGCGGGUGCAGGCAGAGAGGAUGUCGCCACAGCUGUAUGCGCUGACACUGAACAGGGCAGAGAGCAGCGACUCUGGGACUUACUACUGCCUGGUGGAGGAGUGGCUCACAGAUCCAGACGGAGCCUGGUACAGACUGGCACGGGACUCCUCAGGCUUCACACAGGUCCUCGUCAGACAGCCAGAGGUGCGGUUACAGGUGGAGGAGUCCGAGUCUAAUAUCACCGUGUCCCAGUCCAGUUCCAUCCGGUUGGGCUGUAGCAUUCCCUCCCAGUCCUCCAGAGACUCCCGUUUCUCCGUGUCCUGGUAUGUGGAGCGCUCCUCCAUGCUCUCUGAGGAGGAAGAACAGGGGGAUGUUGAUGAGGGAAACCGGGCCUGUGUGUUCUCCAUCGGACACGACGCCGUGUUCGGGAACGGGAACUGUAGCCCAAUCGAGGAGGCGGGGCCUAACUCACGCCUGCAGUUUGAGAGGACGACCUCUGACCUCUACAGUCUGACCAUCCAGGGGGCGCGACCCGCUGACGCUGGGCGCUACUACUGUCAUGUGGAGGAGUGGCUGCUCAACCCCCGCAACGCCUGGUAUCGCCUGGCAACCAACAUCUCUGAUGUCACCAUCGUCAACGUGAUCCAGCAGGUUUCCACCCUGCAGUCGGUGAUAUGUUCCAACGACUCUCUCUUCUACUUUGUCUUCUUCUACCCGUUCCCCAUCUUCGGCAUCCUCAUCAUCGCCGUCCUCCUGGUGCGCUACAAGAGCCACAGACACAGCAAAUCCCAGGAGAGCAAGAACGGUGCCCCCUUACUGUGGAUCAAAGAACCCCACCUCAGCUACUCCCCCACCUGCCUGGACCCACCCGUCCUCAGCCUGCACCCCGGCUCAGUGGACUAAGGGACAGAUCCAUAGCCCUCAUCCCAUAGUCCUCAUCGCGGACCCAACUAAUACCACGCCAGGGAGGGGCUACUCCGGACCUCCACCUGUCUAAUCACUUCUGUGUCCAAGCUGUCAAUCAAUCCGUCCAUCCAUGUAUAAUCCCACCCCCCUGUCUGCCUGUCUGUGAGUUACCCUGUAGCAGCUCUGUCAUGUGGGUGUGUGAGCAUGUGGAAAAGUGUGUGUGCUUGGAAUGUGCAGACGUGUGUAUGCAGGACAUGUGUGUAUGCAGGACAUGUGUGUAUGCAGGACGUGUGUGUGUGCAGGACGUGUGU